AUGAAACGACAUGAUAAGCCGGGCAGCCUCUCGCCCGUAAACCCGGCUGUGAAGAAGGACGAAGAAGGAAAAACAUCAAGAUCUAGCAGUAGAACAGAGAAGGAGCUAAAGUUUCCUCAAGAGAAAUCUCCUAUUGAAGAUAGCUCAAAAAGAGAAAGACGACUAUCAAGAACCAGCGAAAGUUCCAGAGACACUUUUGAACGACAAGAUUCUAAAUCCACGGCGCUAUCAAGUCCGAAAGUACCGCGCAAAUACUUGACACAUUGGAAACAGGCAUGCGAUAAGACUAAGGAUAAGACGAAGGAGUUACUCAAGAGGUGGAGGACGUUGCCUGAAGUUGAGGGUGCAGGAAACCAGAUGCAGGAAGCCGGCCAAAGUGAGGAAGAGAAACACCAUGGGUGGAGCGUACAUGUUUGGACCACAUGGGUGAAUCGAUGUAGCGAAGAUCUAGAAUGCUUGGACCUGGAGGAAGAACAACCGCUAGCACAACUAAGUUCCGUACAGGCUGACAAAAUGACGUUGUUCUUCACCGAGCUUCUUGACCACGACCGUGAUGAUGUAAUCUGUGAUCAGGACUUUGAUAACUUUUUUGAGAAGCUGGCACACUUCGCCGACUGGUCGGCCAACUCGUCCGAAUUUCACAUACUGUUGGAAGUGAAGAGAGAAUUUAUUGAACAUUUUAUCAACCCGUUGCCCACCAAAUGGGCAGAACUACCUUACUACAGGAGGGUAUGCGGACCAGAAGCUGGAGGUAUACCGGGAAGAACGACACUCGAAGGCUGGUUAGCACGGUGGGCUCUGCACAUAAGCGAAAUGCGAAGAUUUGUCGAUCUACCGCUAUAUUUGCAGUAUCUUUGCAAAAUUCUAUUCCAUGUUGUUGAUAGAGAAAGUACGGGAGAAAUAAACAAACCGGCCCUGGCUGCUUUCUACCGUUCCGUCAUCGGUCUUCCUGCUACCAGAGUUGCAGAAAUCAUUGACACGGCCUACGACAGGAUGACUAGUAAUAGCUACUUAAUCCUCGACUACGGGACAUACGUGCACUGUUUCACCAAUUGGCUUAUAGGGAAGAACCCCAAUGGACCGGGACAAUGGGUACUAGUACCGCCUAAGGACUCCCUCCCACAACCACCGUUCCCUGUGGACUAUAGCGCUUUAAACACCGAACCAGCUAAACUAGAACCGUACGCGCCAGACAAAAAGACUAAUAGACACUCAGUCAUUGUA